AUGGCAGCCUCCGACACACAAACCAGCGACCCACUCCUCGCGCGCGCCUUCGCCGCGUCUUCGCCCUCGGAAUCGCGCUCCCUCUACGACCAAUGGGCCAGCACGUACGACACAUCCAUGUCCGCUCACAACUUCACCGCGCCCCAGCUCGUCGCCGCGGCCGUCGCCCGAGGCCUAAAAACAAACCACAUUGCGCCGUCUGCGCCGCUGUCCGGCCUCAAGAUUCUCGACGCGGGAUGUGGGACAGGGCUCGUGGGUAUCGCACUGUCUCAGCUCGGUGCGACUGCUAUCGUCGGCGUGGAUUUCAGCGAGGGCAUGCUGGCUGUGGCGCAGAACACGCGUGCGUAUAAUGAGUUGCGGAUUGCGGAUUUAACGCAGAGACUGGAGUUUGGCGAUGCGACGUUUGAUGCGCUGACGUGCUGUGGCGUGUUUACGCAUGGCCAUCUGGGGCCCAAGCCGCUCGAGGAGUUUGUGAGGGUUGUCAAGUGUGGGGGCGUGGUGGUGGCGACGGUGCUGGAGAGUUUUUGGAAUGAGCAGGGGUUUGAGCGUGUGAUGGGGAUGCUGGAGGCAGAGGCCAAGGUUGAUGUUGUGGAGAAGAAGUUGUGGGCGUAUCGCGAGGGUGUUGAGGGGAGAGUGUUGGUUUUGAGGAAAUUGUGA